AUGGACGUUGACAAUAGCGGUUACUACUACGUCCCUGUCGUUCUUGCAGAAUUUGGGUUCGACCAGACAGACGGCUCUUACGACGGCGUUUACGCAAAGUGCAUCAAGUCGUUCAUCACGGGCCAACCUGGGGGGCCCGGAGGAUGGAUGCAAUGGGUCAUUUCGGGCAGCUACUAUAUUCGAGAGGACUCGCAGGACUACGAAGAGAAGUGGGGCUUGUACAAUCAUGACUGGUCCGCGUGGAGAAACCCGGACGCCUCGGCGUACACAAAGGCAUUCGUUUCGGCCUAA